AACAUGAGUCGCCCAGACGGUGCUCAGCUCAAGCGUGUCAACUCCUACCAGUGGCCGGCAGGGCACGCCAAUCACUUGAGCGAGGGGCAGACAAUUGCGCUGCACAAGUUCAAGGCGCUUUGUCAACAGAAAGGAUACUACGAGCCCGGCGACGAGAAGACGCCCGCUUCUCACGACGACGAGACUCUCCUUCGAUACCUCCGAGCGCGAAAGUUCGUGCCGCAAGAUGCCUUCAAGCAGUUCAAGGACACCGAGGACUGGCGGCAGCAGAACCAGCUCGACACGCUGUACGAGACGAUAGAUAUCGAGGAAUAUGAGGCGACGAGACGCCUAUAUCCACAAUGGACCGGCAGAAGAGAUUUGCGCGGAAUACCCUUCUACGUCUUCGAGGUCGGUCAAGUCAACUACAAGGAUGUAGUGGCAUACCAGGACGACUCGGAUCGCAAAAAGGACAAGAAUUCCAACGCCGAUGCCCAGUCAACAACUCCGCGCAAAAUGCUCCGGCUGUUUGCGCUGUACGAGAAUCUCUGCCGAUUCGUUCUCCCACUGUGCUCUGCUGUCCCAAAUCGACCCUCGCCAGAGACGCCGGUCAGCCAGAGCUCGAACAUCGUCGACCUCUCAAAAGUGGGAAUCAAGACGUUCUGGAAUCUGCGAGCCCAUCUGCAAGAUAGCUCGGCUUUGGCCACCGCGCAUUAUCCAGAGACGCUGGACCAUAUCUUUGUCAUUGGAGCUCCUGCCUUCUUUCCCACCAUCUGGAACUGGGCGAAGGCUUGGUUCGACCCGAUUACCGUGCAGAAAAUCUCUAUUUUGUCCGACAAGAAUAUGCUGAGCGAAUUGCAGAAGUACGUGCAUAUCGACAAUAUCCCCAAGAAAUAUGGAGGCAAUCUGGACUGGAAGUUUGGCGAAAUGCCCGUGCUUGAGCCUGACCUUGCUAAUUCAUUACGAUGGAAGGAAGAUGUGAGAGAUUCCCGUGGAAACAGAACCUUGCCCAUUGGACCUAUCAAAUGGCAGUAUGACGACGACGGGGACUUGGUCGCAAUCGCCAUUGGUAGCGAGAAAGGGUCUCCACGUAACACAGUGUUGGCGGGGCUACAUCCUGAAGAGGGUGUGACUCGUUUAGCACUCA